AUGGACGGAUAUCCAGUUGGAAGCCUGGAUCACAACAUCCCGCACGUCGUCCUCGCCGGUCUCACCUCGAGCCCCGCCAAGGACCUGCCUCUGAACGCCGAGCUUCGGGACCAGGCGUUUCUGUUGCGAUCAGAGCUACCGAACCUCGAGACGCCAGAUGCCGAAGCGCUGAGGGACUACAUCGUGCGCCAGGAUGGGAGGAAUCAACCGUGGAACGGGAGAGACAGCGGGAAGCCUUACAAGCUCCGCGUCACCGUGGCUGGUCGGUCGUUUGUCCUUCCUCCCCGGCGAGCCAGGCUUCCAGAGGGUAUCGAAGCCCCCGAUACACCUCCCGUGCUGCACUCUCCCUUCUCGCCAUUGAGCCCCGUCUCUCCUCUGUACCCCGACGGCCUCAUGAACACGGAAUGGCUGCACAAACAUGAGGAUCUGGUCCCGAGCGUCUACGUUUCUUUCUGCAUCCUUACCUCCGACCCGACCCUCGCAACGCUGCACGACAACCAGCUAAAGACCGACAUCAACAACCUCAAGACCGCUCUUGGCAAAUCUGGAUAUAGAACGCGACUCGCUGUGGUGCUCUUGAGCGAUGGCACUGCGUCUUCCUCCAUGGUCGACCUCGUCCAGGACCGGCUUGACAACAUUAGGAGAGGCGUAGGUCUAGACACCAAAUCAUUCUUCUACCUCUCUCCCGGCGACCUGUCCAUCGAUCUCGAGCAUACGGCAGACUCCAUGCUGGCUGCGGUGUUCCUGCAAGCUAUAGAGUACUAUAGAGACCUCGGCCGUCAUGCGCGGAAGAAGCGCAGUCGUGGCGUUGCCCCGCCGCCCACGGUACCGCCUACAAACACCUCACAAACACUCACGGUCCAGGACUGGAACGUGAGAUACGACUAUAAGACGGGCAUAUUUGCCGAGUUCCGCCAGGAGAUGGACGCUGCGCUGCGCUCAUACGAUCAAGCGUACGAGGAGCUCCUCAGCCAGGAUGUGAUGGACGUCAUCCCGAGCUGGAGUCCGCGGUGGAACGAGGCGCGCAUGCUUGCCGACACUAUUGCCAUACGCGGCAUCCGGUGCGUGCUCUGGGGCGGGCAAACCACCUCAGCAGUGCGGAGAUGGCAGACACACCGCGAUAAGAUAGCCGACUUUAUUGAUCGACGAGGCCGAGGCACGCACAACUACGGCUGGAAGGCGUGGGAGUCGAGGUGGGCCGUUGUCAUGGCGAACUUGAUCGAGAGAGUAGACUUGCGCAGUCUAGCACCAUCAACGAAGACGCUCUUCCUUCAACCGGAGAAGGCUGCUGCGGUGGAUAGACUACAACCCUGGGACAUGCUACAUCACACUGGGUACUGGUACCGCACUGCGGCAGAGCAUCUCGCAGCCAGGCGCGCCCUUGCUCGAUCAAUUCCCGAGGAAGACCGCAGGUCACCAGAUACCACACCCGCAUCAGCUGUGGCCGGCAAAGCCUUCACAUACGACACCUACAUGUGCCCAGAUCCUCACGAGGAGUUCCCCCUCCAGGGUAUGGGAGUCAACCACUCUCAGCUCAUCAUCGACCUCCUGAUGGCAGCAAGAUCCCAGUUCCAGGCGCGGAAGCAGCACAGGAUAUCAGCAGAGCUGUCUCUCCAGUGCGCCAAAGAAAUGGCAAACUUGAAGGCGUGGGAUGACGUUGUUGCGUUGCUGCGCCCGUUAUGGGAAGAUAUGUCGUUCAGGGCGGAAGGUUGGCUCAACAUUGCCGAGGACCUCAGCUGGGUUCUUCGGGCUGCUGCUGCCCACACCGGAAAUGGGCCGCUUGUGGUUGCCAUUGACUGGGAGCUGAUGAACAGGAAGUUCACACGGCGACCCAAGUGGCACUACGACAUCUCCAAGUCCUUGGAGGGCUUGUCGAUUGAGACCAAGCCUACGGUCACCAUCAACGACGACGUCGUAUCGUCCUUCAUCUCGGCAUCGUUCAUUUUCAAGGCCGAAGACGGAAAAGCCGGCGAAACCUGUCAAGCUCAAGUUGCGAUCAAGUCGGAAGCGUUCCCGGAUGCAGCCCUAGUAACACUGAAGGGACUGCAUGUUGACUUCGAGGGUAGUCUCAAGACCAUCACCCUAGACCACACCCCAGACUCCAAUGCUCGCACAGAAAGGGGCAGCGUGACUCUUUCAAACGUGCCGCUGGCAGAGACACCUCGUGAUGACAAUGAAGAAGAGGGUGCCUCAGUCCUGAGCGGGUCGGCCGAUCUGUCGAUCAAGCCCGGCUCUACCAAUGUCUACGAAAUGGCGAUACCGUUGCGAGAACCUGGCGAGGCCCGCGCAUCCUCAGCAACCCUGAUCUUGGAGGCAGACGACUUUUUGCUUAAUUACACGAUUGCGUUCCAGGAUCUCGGCGCGGGGGAUUUCUGGUUCAGUCCGUCUCUGUCCAGACGACGCAUUGUGCGGCAAAGCGCCCACGUCAUCCAAGUGCAGCCCAGGCCGCCCAAGAUGGAAAUCAAGCUUGCAAAGCCCCUCGAACAGUUCUACGCGAACGAGCCCAUGGAGCUCCUUCUUGACGUACUCAAUGCGGAGGAUGAAGAAGCCGUCGCCAAGUUGGAGGUCCACGUAUUCGGCGAGCAUAUUCCCUCUUUUCGAGUCCGAGUCGAGGAUCAAGACGAACACUUUGCAGAAGAAGCCAAGGAGGAAGCCAAGCUCACCGGUCUACCUCUCGGCACACUUGGAACGUCGCAAUCAACAAAGGUCAAGGUUUCUCUUGAUCCUAUUCAGUUGACAACCUCCUACGACGUCACAUUACGAGUCUUCUACCACCUCGUCUCCGAUCCAGCGACCCUGAUCAUGCAAAUCCUCCCCGUCCAGCUCAAUGUCGUCAAUCCUUUCGAAGCCAACUACGACCUCAUCCCCCGCCUCCAUCCCGAUCCUUGGCCCUCGCUUUUUGACUACGAGGGCGUCCAAGACCCGACAAUCACCAACGAAGCCGCCAUCCAACCGCGCGGUCUGGCCCAGAAGUGGUGCCUCGUAUGCCACUUCGCCUCCUUUGCCUCGGAAGACCUCGAAAUCGUUGGCAUGGACGCCGAGGUGGUCGCAUGCCAGAACAACGCCAGGUGCACAACCGCAUCCCGGCCCGAAAUCCCAGCGGACGGCCUCCGCAUAUCCCCCAAGUCGAUGCAAGAAGCACACUUCAACCUGGUCGCCCAGAAAUUGAGCCUUGACGACCGCGGUCCCGCGUCGCUCGACGUCGCGUUCGUCCUCAAAUGGCGCCGCGCGUCAGCAGACCCGUCCUCUAAGGCGAACACCACGACGAUGCUCGUGCCGAGAUACAUCGUUCUCGGCUCCGAGCCCCGCGUCCUCGCCUCCUACUCCCUUGCCAACCCCGCCACCGGGCUGAUCCACCUAGACGUCACAAUCGAGAACGGGUCGAGCCACUUCUUGACCUUCGGCCUCAGCAUGGAACCCAGCGACGAGUUCGCCUUCUCGGGCGCCAAACAAACCACGGUCCACGUUCUUCCGGUCUCGCGGCGCUCGGUGACCUACCGCCUCCUCCCCCUCGUACGCGGCGCCUACAUCAGGCCGAGUCUGGUGGUAAGAGACAAGUACUUCCAGAAGGUUCUCAGAAUCAUCCCGACAGAGGGCAUGAAAAUCGACAAGGACGGUCUCCUAGUGUGGAUCCCGCCAGAGGAGGAGGAGGAAGAGGAUAGCUAG